AUGGUGGAGGGCCCGGGCUGUACGCUGUGCGGAGAGAGGCUGCGGGCGCGGGUGCGGCGGGGCCAGGCGGUGCGGAGGGUGAGCGGCAGCGGCGGAGCCGGCGGCGCGGGCUCUGCAAGUGCAAAUGGAACCUCUGGUCACGAUUUCCUUGUCGGACAUGUUUACAGGGGCGUGGAGACGUUGGGAAAGGAACUUUUUAUGUAUUUUGAUGAGAAGGCUUUGAGGAUUCACUUUGGUAUGAACGGUUCCAUGCGCAUCAAUCCUGGAGGAAACAAAGAGAGGACCGGAGCGGUACCGGCUCUGGAGAUAGAGCUUACAGAGGACACUGUUUGUUUUUUCGAGGUGACAGUAGAGUACAGAAAUGCAGCUGAGAGCGAGCGGAAGGUGAGGAUGAUGGAAAGCUUGGAUGUCUGCUCUCCCAAGUUCAGUUUCUCGAGAGCAGAAGGUGAGAUGAAGCAGCAGCAAACCCGCAUGUUGUGUGACGUGUUACUGGACCAGGCGGUGUUACCCGGAGUGGGAAAUAUCAUCAAAAACGAAGCGCUGUUUGACAGUGGUCUCCAUCCAGCUGUUAAGGUUUGCCAACUGAGGGAUGAGCAGAUACGGCACUUGGUGAAAAUGACGCGUGAUUUUACCCUGCUUUUUUAUAAGUGCCGCAGGACGGGGUCAGCUCUCCACAGACACUGCAGGGUGUACGGGCGGCCCAGCUGCGGGCGGUGCGGCGGGAGGGUGACGGUGUGUCGCCUGGGGGAGAACAGCAGGAUCACUUACUUCUGCUCUCGCUGUCAAAAGACAGAUCCCCAGCUUCUCCACAUCAGCGAGCUGCCAAGGAGAAACAGCCUGAUGGGCUGGGCGUGCGGCGGGGGGACACGCUCUGAUGGACACGUGGCUGGGAGGCAGGAGGAGGAGUGGGCGUGUGGGCGCUGCACCCUCAUCAACCAGCCCGCUGCCCGCAUCUGCGACGCCUGCCUGGCUUCAAGGCCUGAAGUUCCAAAGGCAGAGAAUGUUGAAGAUUCUGGAGCUUUUAACACAAACUUGAUGAAAUACCCCUGUAACGAGUUUGGAAAAGGAAGCACAGAAAUAAAGAUCAACAGGAGAGCGGCGUUUGGAACCGCGACUCUUGUCCUGACAGACCUUGGUAACCAAGGUGAUGUGAGAAAUGAUGCUCAACCAUCCCAUGGACACUCCCCGUGUGAUGCCCCAAAACCCAAUUAUAAUCAAAUCCAAACCAGUGUCCACCAGCCUGGGGGAAGCACGAGGGAUUUCUCAAUGGCUUCCUCCUCUUCUCACCAACCUUUCAAACACAUCCCGAAGAAACAGAAGACGGAUCAUCUACCUUCUGCUCACCAACAUAAUGCAGCAACAGGCCCACCUGGAGGGGACAGGAGGGAUGGUACCGGGGCGCUGAGCUCGGCCCAUCCUCGCUGUGGGCCCCACGGCCGGCCCUGCAGCCUGCGCCGGGUGAGGAAGGAGGGAGAGAACAAGGGCAGGCUCUUCUACUGCUGUGCCCUGCCCAGGGAAACGCGGUGUCACCACUUCCAGUGGGCUGACCUGGACUUUCCCUUCUGUCACCACGGCCAGCGCUGUGUGCUGCAGACGGUGUUGAAGAUGGGUCCCAAUAAUGGAAAGAACUUCUUUGUGUGUCCUCUUGGGAAGGAGAAACAGUGUGGGUUCUUCCAGUGGGGAGACAACAGGCUGGGACUGCAGGUUGGUCCUUGAUGGGGACGUUCUCCUGCUCUGCUCCUCAGGAUGUCCUAAGUGCCUACGACUUUCCUACUCAUUUCUGCUUCAUUGUGUCUUUUCCCCUCUUCUCUGGUUAAUUAGUAACAUAGCUCCAACAGCAUAAAGCAGAUUUGGAAAGAGUAAUAUUACUUAGUUCUAUAAAAUUCAAUACUGCAGAUUGUUGUAUUUCUAAUAAAAAAACUGAACUGUUUUCUUGUUCUCACAUAAAUGUCACUGAAGUUUGGCUGCACCAGAUACUUUCAAGCAUAUUUGACUUGCAGAACAGGUAACAAUCUAAAUCAGUAUUUUAAAUGGGUAGAAUUUUCUAUAAAUAAAAACUUGUAUUUAAUAAAAAUGAAUAAAAAGUCAAUAUAUUUUUUA